CUAGAGGUCUUGCUUCCAGCCACACACUUUACAUACACCUCUGCGAACUGGCGGAAGGACCUGUAGGGUAUUCAUUUAUAAACCAAGUCUGAUUGCUAUAGAGUAUGGGAGCUCGUGCCUCGCAACUCAUCAAUAUAUAUCUUUCUCUACCAACAAGCGCUGGUCUGCAGACGUCCCCUUAUCCACCCACCCCCCAGCUACGAUGUCAUCGAAAUGGCCAGACAAGCACGGUAUUAAAGCAGAUGAUGAUGUGACACUGGCAAAAGACCAAUGGAGGGUCGAUGACAUCAUUAUACCCGUAAUGGGACGAACUGGAGUUGGUAAAAGCACCCUCGUCAAUGAUGCAGCCGGGAAGGAAGUGGUCACGGUCGGCCAUGGAAUGAAGUCGUGUACAGCCGAUAUUCAACACGUCUUCUGUGAAUGUCCCGGCGAUCCCUCCCGCCGCGUAGUCCUUGUCGACACACCUGGUUCUGAUGAUACAUACAAAUCCGAUGAGGAAGUUUUGAGGUGCAUCGCUGUUUGGCUGGCAGAUUCGUAUGGCCAGGACAUGAAGUUAGCCGGUAUCCUCUACCUUCACGACAUCACCCAAAGUCGGAUGUUUGGGACGACGCUCAGGGAUCUUGAUGUCUUUCGAAAGCUGUGCGGUGAAGAUGCAGAGAAGAACGUCAUUCUGGUGACCACAAAAUGGGCUGAUCUGAUUACCGCGAAUGAGGGACCACUGGCAGCACGUGAGCAAGAGUUGACGAGUGUCUUCUGGAAGGAAAUGAUGGCACAUGGGUCUACGACCGAUCGGUUCAAUCAGUCACGUCCGUGGGAUGUCAUGAAGCCCAUUCUCGCGAACAAGACAGUUGUUGACGCCAUCCAGAUUCAAAGGGAACUAGUUGACUGGGGAAGAAAGAUCCCUGAAACCGACGCAGGAAAGGCCUUAGCUUCCAAAGUGAAGAAACUGGAAGUUUCGCAUGGAAAAGUCAUCGAGGGAUUCAAGCACAACACUGAAGAUGGCACGCAACUGCAACAAUUGAAGGAGAUUGAGAAAGAAGCUCGCGAACUCUUGAAACAACUUGAAGAAGGAACAUGCCAACAGUGAUUUGGCCAUAAGCACGGUCUCUGCUGUCACAGUCGGAGAGCACGUUACUUAGUUGCAACGGUUUCUUUAUGGCCCUCUGGGAAUGCCUGUACUAGUACCCUUUGUAUGUUUUCUCGCAUGUCGCAGUCUAUUUCAAUCCUCGCUCAA